AUGUUUAGCUUAAUACAACAAAAUAUACAAAAGAGGAUAUUCUCUUUCAUUUUAUACAGAAUUUUCUUUCAAAAACAUUAAAGAACAAUCUUAAAUUUUUAACCUUAUAAUAUAUUGUAACAAUUUUUCAUCUCAAUCCAAUCCGAAGUUGAUGUGACUCCCUUUACCUAAACUAAUUAUAAAAUUUUAAAAGAAGUAUAAUAAAAUAUAUUAUAUAUUUUAGUAGCUUAAUUAAUUUUGUAACGAAGUAGCUUUAUUACAAGAAAUAGUCGAUUCAAAGGUUAAGAAUUAAAAAUCAAAUAAUAGAGGUUGA